UGUCUUGACCCGGAUGUAAAUAGUGUCCACGCGUUGUCACUGUGCAUGCAGUUGUUGUUUUGGAGCACUGUCUCUGAUUGUGAAUAAUUAAUUAUAAAUAGUUAAGUCGCUUUUUCAGGUAAUAGUUUAACCACAGGACUGUUUGCAAUAAAAGCUAUGAGGUUAGGAGAGACGAUUGCACGGGCACGUUUGGCCUAUUUCGUUAGUGGUGUUAAGCACUGGGCUCGUGGCUGAAUCACUCACUUGUGUACAUGUGUGUAGGGUUUUGCAGACUUCCUAAGAUGUUUGCAGAAGAGGAGUGGGCAGAGGCUGCACCAGGGCAUGGACGGCCCCCAGCUCUCCGUCACGAUAAACCGAGUGGGAAGUCUCAGGUGAUCAGCAAGCGUCAUCUUAUGCAAACUCUUCAGACUUUGGGAUCAGUUCCAGUCUGGGACAGUAUGAAGCCUUUUGAGGACAGUGAUGAGGCAAUGGAAGAUGCUCCUGUGCACGUCAACAAGACAAAGAAAGGGUGCAAAAAGCGGAAAAAAAUCUUUGAUGCAGAAAGUCAAGGGGAGCAGAAUGGGAUAGAAAGGCCUGUGAAGAGACGAAAGCCAAAGCAGAAACCAAGAGGACAGAGCCUCAAAACUUCACCUGAAUCAACUAAAGAGCAGGAUCCAAAAGGCCAGCUGCUGAAGAACAGCAGGUGCCCAGGAGACGACGCUGAUGGAACACUCAGCCGGCAGCAGUGGAGGAACAAAAUGAAGAACAAAAAACGGUGCAAGAAUAAAUUCCGUCACAAUUCAACUGAAAUGGCAAAGAUUAAUGUGAAGGAAGGAGACGUGGAGCAAAGAUGCGUCCUCUCAAACGUCCAGAGAAGACAAAGUUCUGACCCCUCAUCUGCCAGAGUGAGAUCAGGACAGAAGAGUGGCAUUGGCAAACCCAUACGUACACACACUUCUGAAAAUGUCAGAGCCACUACAGGCAACAGCACAAAAAUGCCUAGAAGAGAUGCGUCUGUUGGUGAAGGAUUCAAAGCAGGGAAAACUGCUGUGGAGGGUGCUGCCGCUUGUCCCGGCCCACGUGAGCCAUGUGUUAAACAAAAGUCUGUCAGCUGGAAAAGCCCUCAGCUAAAAGUAAAGAAACUGCGUCAUAUUUUAAAGGCUCAUAUCACUGACAGCAGUAAAAAAUUAGCAGUAGAAAAAGGAGAGACAGUUGGCACAGAUGCUGAGGACGGGAAACGUGCUCCGGACCGCUCCAGCGCCCUCAGGUCACGGAUGGAGAAGCGGUUGGAGUCUGCUCGCUUCCGCUACAUUAACGAAUUGCUUUACACGUCAAGUAGUGGCGAGGCCAAACGCAUGUUUAAGCAAGACCCUGACGCCGUUCGGGUCUACCACAAGGGUUACGUGGAACAAGUGAAGCACUGGCCAACAAACCCUGUGGAUCUGAUCAUCUCCUUCAUUCAAAAAAAGCCACAGUCUUUGGUUGUGGCAGACUUUGGCUGUGGAGACUGCAAGAUUGCACGAAGUGUGAAGAACAGAGUGCACUGCUUUGACUUGGCUCCUGUCUGCGACCUUGUUACUGCCUGUGAUAUGGCCAAAGUGCCACUGGAUGACUGUACAGUGGACAUUGCUGUCUUCUGUCUCUCGCUCAUGGGGACAAACCUGAGUGACUUUCUGGCAGAGGCAAACCGAGUGCUGCAGAUGGGGGGUAUUCUCAAAAUUGCAGAAGUUGCCAGUAGAUUUGAUAAUAUACGCCAGUUCACUGGAGCGUUAUCACAUCUAGGGUUUAAGUUGGUCAGCAAGGACACAGACAACAGCCACUUCUACUCUUUUGAGUUUGUCAAGGUACUGAAUACUCCCCGUCAUAUCAAGAAGGCGCAGCUUCAACUCAGACCAUGUCUGUACAAGAAACGCUAGCUGUGCUGAGAAACGCCCCACAGUAACGUGUCAGCUUCAUGUGUGUUUCAGCUAAAUGGCAUAAAUAAAUGUAAAUGUUUUUACAUAUUCUUUGAAUUUUGGAAGCGUGCCAUAGUACGAAGAUGGUUUAUACCACUAUGAGUGGUAUUAGUGAAUUUUGAUUCAUUUUACACAAUAACAAACAUUUGUCUUUGUACUUUUGUACAUAUUUGUAAAAUUAAAAACCUUGACUAGAAUGAAGAGGCUGCGC